AUGCUGUCUCUACCCUUCCUCACACCUCGCGACUCACAUGAGCUCUGGUUCGGCGCAUCACAGCCAUACCGCUCUACCUCCCCACAACAAUCGCACACCGACACCGGUGCUAACCUUGCCCGCCGCAAUGGCAACAACACAACUAGUCACCGAGCCUUUAUGCCCUCGCGCUCACCAGCAAAUGGCCUCGCGGCUCUCGCUAUGGAGGAAAGGGCCCUGCGCGCUCGGAAACAGAACAUUGCGUCCUUUGGAUACUCGUGGAUCAAGCCGGCGGGAUGUUCAAAGACAAUGCUGGGCAUGAAGGAAGAAGAAGCUGAGCGCGAAGAGGCGCUUGCGGCUGCCGCUGCGGAAAUGAAUGCGGAAGGCAUGAUGGAAGAUGAUAUGGGCAUGACACAAGGAGAGGAGGGAGAGGAGGUCGACCAAGGCAUGGAGCGGGACCUGGACGACGAGAUCCCCGAUGCAGAUGCUGAGGGAUUGAUCGAGGAAGGCGAGGAGGGGCUCGAAGAGGAGGAUGUUGUGGAUGAGGAAGGCUAUAUGGAGCGGGAUCUGGAUGACGAUAUUCCUGAAGGGUACCCUGAUGACGACUAUGAGGAAAGUGGGCUGUACGAGCAGGACGACGAGGACUUUGAUAACCAGCCUGAUUUGGAUGCGGAGGUUCCCGAAGCCGGAGAGGAGAUGAGUGAAAUGAGUCGAGAUCUGGAUGUUGAUAUUCCCGACGCUGCAGAAAGUGGAUCCGAACAAGGCGAAUGGCAGCAUACAGAUACUGAGGAAGAGUCUGAGGGGGAUGAGGAAGAAAGUGACAAUGUCGUCCGCAACCGACUCACUGAGAAUUUCCGGACGAGCACUCCUAACAGUCGUGCUGGCAUGUUACCAACACCACCAAUGCGCCGGGCACGCGAGACUGAAGCUCAGAGCCGAUUCAUUAAUCGCUGGAGUGGCGGGGGCGAUGCUCUGGACUCUAGCAGCAUGUUCCUCGAGGAUGAGGAUUUGCGCGCUUCGGUAACAAGUCAAAGUAGCCGUCGCAGUGGGUUUGCUCGACGGUUCCCUCGCCAUGUUGGUCGACCACGAGACAGUUUCAAUUGA